AUGUAACGUAGGAAUAAAAAAUGUAUGUUGUUGUACUUUAUUUACAAAAUAAUUGUUACGGUUUGUUGUCUUUAUGGAAGUAAUUGGAGAUUACUACGUUUUUAUUUUACAAUUAAUGUAUUUUCUACCAUAUAGUAUACAGAAACAAUACUGUAAAAUAUGAUAAAGUUUUGGAAAAGCGCAGCAAAAGGUAAAUCUGGCUGCCCAGUGCGACCUCCAGAACCGAUUUCUACCCAAAACAUCGAAGUUGUGCCACUGGAUACAGAAAUCGACAAUUAUAUCGAUGAUAACUCAAAUAUUUUUGAAAAAAAAUCCAAGUUAUCAAUAAAUUUACAUGACAUACUUAUUGAAAAAACAGCAAUUAACUAUUUUAUUAUGUACAUGGAAGGUAUAAACAAACAAUAUCUCAUUAAAUGUUGGUUAGAACUAGAAAAUUUUAAGUUAAUAUUACAAAAUAAUGAUACAGACCAUGUAAAAAGUCAGCAUUCCAAGAUAAGUCACACUAAAAGUUUGGAUGAUCACUCAAAUGACAAUGAGCUUGAAAAGAGUUGUGAUAAAUUUAUGUCACAAAAAUUUAAUUGGAAAACAAGUGUGACCAGUUUAAGAAAAACCAAAGGCGAAUGUUCCACAAGUUCCUGUGGAGAUUUAACUCAACAUUUAGAUUAUUAUGAACUUUUUAUGCAUGAGAAUUGUUCAGAUAUCACUGAAACAGCUAUUAGCUUGUUCAAAAAAUAUGUGGCUUUAGAAGCUCCAUAUCAACUAGAUUUAACGGACAGCAUAAGAAAAUUAGUUAUAUCGAAUAUAUGUCAGCCCGAAGGUCUAAUAACAGAAGAAUGUUUUAAGCCUGUGCUGGAUACAUUAUACCACCAAAUUGACAAAAACUAUUUUACUUCUUUCCAAAACAGCCCUUUUUAUAUUAAGUCUCAGAUAGAUAUCUUAACAAGUGGAUGUAUUACUCUUCAAGAUAUUCUCCACAAUGAGGCAAUACUCUUUUACUUUACAGAAUUUCUAGAACAAGAAUCAUGCAGCAACUUGCUCGAAUUUUUAAUAUCUAUUAUGCAUUUUCGAGACAACCUUGUCAAUAGUAACCAGUUGAAUCUUGAACCAGCUCAAGGUGAUGCUAUAGUGCUUUAUGACAAAUACUUCUCACUUCAAGCAACUAAUCCUAUUGGGUUUUCGACUGACAUUCGUUUAAAAGUUGAAAGUGAUAUUUGUAGUGAAGUGGGUUUAAGAGGCACUUGCUUUGACAUACCUUACAAAAUUGUAUAUCAAACGCUCAAUAAACAUGUGAAAACUUUCUUAGGAUCAGAACUAUAUUACACUUAUCUAUCAGAAAUGAUAAAAUCAGUUGAUCAGUUAUGGUCUCCUAACUGUAAAUCACACUCUGAUUGCAGCAGUGAAUUUAGCAUAAGCACCCGAAAUACUCUCUUAGCAAUGGGUGAUCCUCUAUUUAGAAAAAAACGAAACCAUUCUGUACCUGAUAUGUCUAUAGAUUCUAAUCAACUUUACAAUGCUGAUGCAUUAUGGCAGAGAAAAAAGCACGAUGGUCUAAGUCUUGGUCGAAUUAAUAGUUUGGGUAGGUUUGAAUCUAAAUUUGAACCUGAUCCAGACAAAAGAGAUAAAUCAGUUCUAAAAAAAAUGGUUAGUAGGUUUGUACCAGCUAAUACAUCAAAAGUUGAAGAGGAAAUGGCUUGGCAAAUUGCUCAUAUGAUUGUAAAAGAUGUCACAGAUUUAACUAUGGCUCCACCGGAUAAUGAUAAUGAUCAUGUAUAAAUGUGUGAUAAAAAUAAUUAUGAUAUAAGUACAUAUAUAUUAUAUAUUUUGUAAAUAAAAUGUUA